AUGGAUGAUGAAGAUUACGAAAUAGCUACAUGGUUUAAAGUAUGUCGCAUAUAUUUCUAUCAUGGCAAUGACCUGAUAGCGAUAAAACAGCUUCAUCUUCAUCCGGAGUCAAUGAAAGUGUCUGAUCUUCCGCCUUCCUACGGAAGCCUCGAAGAAUUUUCACAAAUCGAGAUACCGGAAUUACCACAAAACACCACUUUAAGCCAAAUAUACUCAGAGUUCAUUCAGUAUUUGUACACUAUGACCAAGAAAUUCUUUAAGGAAACCUUGCCCAACGGCCAAAAUGUCUGGGGAAGAUUGGAAAGCUCGAUUGUGAUGAUAUUUUGCAUCCCUAACGGGUGGGAUAUAUCGCAACAAGCCUUCAUUCGUGAAGCGGUUAUCAACACUGGGCUCGUUAGUCAAAGCAACGCAGACGAAAGAAUCGAGUUUAUUACGGAAGGAGAGGCCUCUGUCCACUACGUGCUAGCACAUACAAGCGGUAUGAGAUGGCUGGAGGAGAAGACUAUGUUUACCGUUAUAGACGCAGGGGG